CAAACCAAUACAAAUGGACCUAAUGAAGUUCAAUGGUAACAAUUUAGACGAACUUCGCCAUUCGAAGCAGAAAUUGGAACAAUUUGACAGAAUUCUUGAAGAAAAUAUGAAGCAAUCGUAUUUUUCCAAAUAUACGUCAUGGUUUUCUACAACAAUUGCAAUAAUUGUAAUUAUAGCACGUUUAGUUAUAUUAAUGUGCUGUUGCUGCAAGUGUUCAUGGUUACCAUUCAUUGGGAGAUUUUUCCCAAAGCAUCCCAGCUAUUGUGGACUUCCACAAAUAUGUAUCACUAACCACGACGAAAGAUUCGAACUCAGCGACCGCCCUUUGACAGAGUUGAGACUUCGCCAUUUAGAAGAACUAGAUGAAGCAAACGAUAGAGUAUUUCAUUACGCAAAUGCAAGUUCUGUGCCGUGUUCGACAAAUGUUCCUAUCACACGACCAAGAAGAAGCCUAAGGGAAAAACGUUUUCAAAUACUUAUAAACUUUUUUUCAAAAAUUAUUUCUUAUAUUUGUCUUUAAAUUUUGAUAAAAUUAUUAUUGUAUCAAAAUUCUUAAAGGGGGAGGUGUUAGAUACCUAGCCUAGAAUUUCCUUUUAUUAUUUGCUUUUUACUAAUAGGUACCCUAUUGGAUAAUUUAACUUUGUUACAAUUUAUAUAAAACUUAAUUAGCUCGUAAGUAUAUUCCUCAGUUGAAACAUUUUAUUUGUCAAACAAACCUUAAAUAUAAUUUAAUUUCCUAAACACAGACACUUUUAAUAGCAUCACUUCUAAUCGAACAUGGGAAGACUUUUUAUUCUCAUGGUCAAGUAUACACUUGAACGCAAAGAGUGUCUUCUUUCUCAGAUUUCCAGAUAGCUAAAAUCAGUCUAACUCGAGUCUCAGUUUCGAAUAGGUUAACCGAAACCUGCUCUAUACUUGUAAUAAUUUUAAGACUUAAAAUAAAAUAGUUAAAAACUUUCGGUGUGUUAAAUUGUUUUCGC